AUGUUUGAUACGCUGGUUUCCCGUGCAGCCGUUGCUGUGGGCUGCUAUAUCUGUUAUGUUGCUGUGAUCCUUAUCUAUCGAUUCUUUUUUCAUCCACUGGCGCAUAUCCCAGGCCCCAAACUGGCCAAGGCGACGUACCUGUAUGAAUACUACUAUGAUCUGUAUCUCGUCGGCCAGUAUACCUUCAAGCUGCAGGAACUGCAUAAGAAAUAUGGCCCAAUUAUCAGAAUCAAUCCCGAUGAAAUCCACAUCAAUGACCCUGACUAUAUCGAUGAAGUGUAUAACAUGGGCCGCGUACAUAAAACGCCAAGACUCGCAGAGGUCUUCGGUCCUCACCCAGCUAUCAUCUCGACGCAACCUCACGAGCUCCACCGUCUCCGAAGGAGGGCGAUAAAUCCCUUCUUCUCCAAGAAAGCGGUUGCUGAGUUGAUUCCGGCCAUCCAGAGCCCCCUUGACAUCUUAUGCAAGCGCCUUGAUGAUGCCAGUAAGACUGGAGAGACCCUGAACAUGAAAUAUAUGUACGCUGCCGUUACGAUGGAUAUCAUCCGCGACUACUGCUUUGCAAGGAAGCCCGAAAAUGUUUUCAAGCCCGAUUUCGGUCGCAAGGCCUUUGAUGAUGUCGAUGGGUUCCUAGAAGCGAGCAUUCUGAAUGUCCACAUUCCUUGGUUUAUGCGUAUCAGCCUCUCUUUGCCGAACAGUGUCAACAAGAUACUUGCGCCAGCAAUGGCAGAUAUCUUUGAAUUCCGAUCUGUAGGGGGCCCUUCAAUGAACGUUGGACGAGGACUGAAUCAGGAGCAGGAGCUCUCACUGCAAAUUGAAGCCAUUCGCCAUGGCGAAAACCGAUCAUACGAAAAAGCUGGGCACCGGACCGUGUUUCAUGAGCUUCUGGAAAGCAAGCUCCCACCGGAAGAGCUGGAGCGCGAUAGGCUCCGUGAUGAAGCUUUCGGUCUGGUGACUGCUGGUUCUGGCACCACAGCAUAUGUCCUUCGAGGAACGUCUUAUCAUAUCGCAGCUAACCCUUCAAUCCGUCAAAGACUAUACGACGAGCUGAAAGCUGCCAUGCCAGACCCUUCCCAUCCGCCCUCCCCCCAGGAACUGGAACAACUUCCUUACCUAUCCGCUGUGGUUCUCGAAGGUCUCCGUCUCUGCGAACCUGUCUCACAUCGAAGCAAUAGAGAGUUUCCAGACAAGGCUUUGAACUACCACGGUUAUAUAAUCCCCCCAGGUACGGGGGUGGGUAUGACCUCGUAUUUGACCCAUCACAACGAGGAGAUAUUCCCUGAAUCGCGAGUCUUCCGACCUGAGAGAUGGUUGGAAGGAGGCAAGCAACUCGAACGGUACCUCGUCUCUUUUAAUCGCGGUACUCGAGCAUGCUUAGGACUGAACCUUGCCCGCACGGAACUCUUUAUGAUCCUCGCAGCCGUGUUUAGACAAUUCGACUUUGAUGUGUCCGAGGUUUCGAGGAAGCGUGACAUUGAUGUCAGUCGAGAUUUCAUGCUGGCUGGACAAGCAAAGGACUCCCCAGGUAUCUUGGUCAAGGUCAGGAAAUAUUAG